CAGCGUCAUACAAUAAAUGAUCGUCGCAGCAGUUUCUUAUUAGCUGCAAACCCGCUCAAGAUGGACCAACUGGGAGACCCAGUGAUGUCAGAGCAGGCCAUGAUGAAGGAUGGUGUGGCCAACAACUGCACUGCCAGCAUCUCACAGGCAAGGAAAUCUGUGGAACAGCUGAAGAUAGAGUCCUGCAUGGAGAGGAUAAAGGUGUCGAAAGCGGCGGCCGACCUGGUUGCGUACUGUGAGGCCAACAUACAAGACGACCCGCUCAUUGUCCCAGUGCCUGCCUCCGAGAACCCCUUCAGGGAGAAAAAGUUGUUCUGUACUAUCCUUUGAGGCCUUGUGCCCACAGCGCUCUGGGCAUGGGGCCCAUGCUACCCAGCUCCCUGGUCACCCUGAAGCGAUUGGCCAUAGGCAGGCAUUGUGGG